AUGUCGUCACGGUUCAAGCCCGCGCUCGUCCUGGUAGACGUGCAAGAGGAUUUCUGCCCGCCCAAUGGCUCGCUGGCUGUACAGGGAGGACGCGACAUCGUUCCUCUGCUCAAUGAGCUGCUCGACCGCCCCUUCGCCAUCAAGGUAGCCACCAAGGACUUCCAUCCGCCGGACCACAUCUCCUUUGCCUCCAACCACGACGCGCCCAACAACAAGCCGUUCGAAUCCACAAUCACCAUCGCAAAUCCGCUCAACCCAUCUGAGACCCAGGAAACGCGCUUAUGGCCGGAUCACUGCGUACAGGGUACCAAGGGGGCUGAACUGCUUCCCGAGCUGAACGUCACGAAGGUGCACGAGAUUGUGGAGAAGGGUCAGGAUACACGCGUGGAGAUGUACUCUGCGUUCGCAGACCCCUUCAAGAGCCCAUGCGUGAGCAAGAGCAGGCUUGCGAAGUUGCUCCACGACGCAGAGAUCACAGAUGUGUUUGUUGCUGGGCUCGCCGCAGACUACUGCGUGCGAUAUACGGCACUGGACGCAGCGAGGGAAGGUUUCAAGACGCGUGUCAUUGGGGAGGCGACCAGGGCGGUUGACCCUUCCAGCAUGGACUCGGUACUGAAAGAGUACGACGAGGCUGGCGUGACUGUCAUCGAAAAGGACGACGAGUCGCUCAGCUGGUGA